AUGAAUUAAGAAGAACAAUAAAUUUAAGAAAAUAAGAUUGAAGAUGAUAGAAAUAAUUAAGAAUUAUAGCAAUUCUGUGAUCAUGUCUAUUAAAUUUAAGAAAACUUUAAAGAUUAUAUUACAAAAUAAUAAGGAAAUUAAGGUGAAGAUAAUCAAAGACUUCUUUUAUAGCUAUAAGAAAACUUUGAAUUAAUAAAAUAGAAAAUAUCUGCUUUGAGAAGAUCUGAAGUAAUAGAAAACUAAGAAGAAUUAUAAAAAAUGAUUGAUGAAGUGACUAAAAUAGUUUAAUAAACAAAUGAACCAUUAUAAUAAAUUUGUAAAUAUCAAGUUUAAUAUGUAGAAUAUGAAGGAAAUGACUUUGAUGGAUUAGAAUUAGAAUUUACAUAACCAAAAAGGAUUAAAGGAGUUAAAAAUGCUCAAGAAAGAAAACAAGAGAGAAAAAGAGCUAGAAUAUUGAAAUCAAAAUAAGCACUCUAGGUUUUUAAGAAAUAUAUAAUUGUUUCAUUAAUAGCUUUUUAAAAGUUUAUAAAAGAUCCAGAAAACAUUGCUAAAUUAUUUGUAAUAGCUGUAAGUUGUUUUUUUGUGAGUUCAUUUUUAUAAAUUCCUGAUAUGAGUAAAAGACAUAGUUUAUAUAUACUUGAAUGGUUAGCAUAUAAUAGAUGUGCUCGAGUAGUUUUAAUUAGUGGAUCCUUUUGUUUUGUAUCAUUAACAUGGUAUAUUAUUUUAUUAAUUUGGAUGGGAUUUAUGGGAUUAAAUGAAACAAAAGGUAAACUAAAUACUCUUAUUCAUGAAUGUAAUCCAAUAUUACAAUUAACAUUAUUGUUUAUGACAGACAAUGACCUAAUAAAUAAUAAAUUGGAUUUAGCUAUUUGGUUUUGUUACUUAUUUCAAUAUUCAACCUAUAGAGUUUAUUAUAUACAUUCGGUAAAUAUUAUUAAAAAGAUACUAUCAACAUUGACUUCCUAAAAUUUUAAUAGAGUGUAUCAGUUUUAAUAAAUUUAUAUAUUUUCAUUGAUAAUUUUAGUGAUGAAUUUCGUUAUCACUUUUUUUGGUAUUUUGAUGCUACAUAAAGUUGGAAUAUAUGCAAUGAGCUUAUUAUUUUAUGGAGGAAUUUAAACUUUGAUUGAAUAUACCAAAUUAAUUUUGGUUUGUAAGAAAUUACAAUAAAAAUAUACCUAUUUUAUAAACAAUAAUAUCGAAUAAUUAACUGAACCUUAAUUUUAUUAGGAAAUAAUUCCAGAUAUUAUGUAUUAAUUUGUGAAAAUUCUCUAUUGUUCUUAAUUGAUAGUGAAUUACUUUAGAACAAUUAAUUUUCAUAUAUUCUUACAUCUCUGGUUAUUCUAAAUAUUCUCAGAUUUAUAAAGUAAUAUAAAUUUUAAUACUAUUAGGUUCUUUGUAAUCACUUAAAAAGAAUGUAGAUUAGUUAAUAAAAUAUAAAAGAGUCUAGUAACAUCUCGAUUUCUUAUUUCCUAGAGCUAUGGAUAUAUAAGAAGAUGAAAUAUGUAUAAUAUGUCAUGAAGAAUUGAUUCUAGCUAGAACUUUACCAUGUUAACAUAAAUUUCAUUUAAAAUGUUUGUUUGGAUGGUUAAAAGCAUAAUAAUAAUGUCCUAUUUGUAGAGCAGAUGUUCCUAUUGAAUUGGAAUAACCAUAACAAAUUUUUAGUAGAAUAUUUAGUUUCAUAACUUAAUUUAGUAUUUCAAACUUUACAUUAUUUUUCUAUAUUAAUAGUGGAAGAUAGUAAGACUUUUAAUUGACAGAGUGGGAAGAACAAGCUUUAUUAGGAUAAUAACUAUUAUAGUAAUAAUAGUUAAGAUAAUAACAAUAAUAAUAAUAGUAAAGAGAUCAAGAAUAAAUAUAAUAGGAGAGAUAAUAAAUCUAAUAAUAAUAAUAAUAACUUCAGUAAUAAUAGUAAUAUUUAUAGUAAUAACAAAGAUUACUUUAAUAAUAAUAAUAAUGGUAAUAGCGAUAAAGUUAAGAAUAAUAAUAAUUAAGUGAGUAAAAUGAAAAUUCUAAAACAUAGUUAAAAUAAUGUUAAAAAUAAAGAGAAGAUUUAUAAUAUUCAUAAGAAGAAGAUAAAAAUAUAGGGGAAAAUUUUUUAAUAUAGAAAAUUGAAUAAAAGGAUGGAUAAUAAAAAAAAGAAGAAUAUUAAGAAAAAGAAGAAAAUUAGAAUAAAGAAAAGAAAGAAUAAGAAACUGAAUAUUAAUAGUAGAUAUAAUAAUUUGAAAAUAAAGAAAUUUAAGAGUAAUAAGAUUUACGAGAAGUCUUGGAAACGAAAAAUUAGAAAAUUGAAUAAAUUAAUUAAAGUCCUAAUUUUACUGAAUGA